AUGGGCCACACAGGUCUGGGCGCCAAACUUCCCCUCACUUAUGUAGCUGGAAAGGCAAGAGUUUUGUUUUUUUUUUGGUUUUUAGACGUGCUAUCCCCAUUAAAAGAACCAGCGCUAUCCUUUGGAAGUGGAUCUCUAUCAGGAUGCAAAACUCGGCUCUUCGUACAACAAAAAAGACUUAAGAAAACUCUUUCCAAACACUUUUUUCUGCGAGCGCCGCCAUUCUACUCAGUAUGCUGUGGUGGGUCCUGUCAGCACCCUGCAUCCCCCACUGCUUUUCCAAGAGAGGAAAGUGUUCUGCCUCUUUUGACCCAGGAUUCCAACUCCAAAGCCCGAAGAGGUAUUUUAAGAAGGGCUGUCUUUUCUGAGGACCAGAGGAAAGCUUUGGAGAAAAUGUUUCAGAAACAGAAGUAUAUCAGCAAAAUGGACAGAAAGAAACUUGCCAUUACCUUGGGUCUAAAGGAGUCACAGGUGAAGAUUUGGUUUCAGAACCGGAGGAUGAAAUGGCGAAACUCCAAAGAAAAAGAAGUGCUUUCAAACAGGUGCCUUCAAGAAGAGGGUCUUCAAGAGAACUACCUCUCAAGAUCCACUCUGAAUUUGACCUCCUCAUGCCCCUCUGUAUGGGAAGUCUCUCAAGAGCAGGCAAGUCCAAGAUGGCGGGAAAAAUCUCCAGAACCUGCAGAGAGACUGAGUAAUGGCCAUAGUGCACAACCUCCUCAAAGAGCAAAUUCAUUGCAGGGCACAUCGUAUGUAUACCCUGAGCAAGACACUGCAACCAAGGCAGUAACAUCUUCAGUAAUAAAGAAUGAUGGAGUUCUGUAAAUUGAUUGAAGACUGCUCAUUUGAAGCCUGUGUUCUUUUAAGAUUAACAGUGUUUGAACACUGUAAAGCUAACUAGUUUAUGCCUCAUCAGUUUCUGAAAUCUAACACCAUUAAAAUGACAUACAACUAAUGCUUUAAGAAAAAAAUAUUCUUCAAUAUUCAAUGUUUUCUCAUGUCUUUUCUGGCCUUGUGCUGAACUUAAAAGUAAAUAGGAACUGAUGGUAAGUAAAAUGAAGUGAAGAGUAUAAAGCUGAAAUUUUGCUAUGUUUUUUAUCCUGUUCUGUAUAUAGGUAUUCAUUAAAACUCGCAUAGACUCAGUUUUCUCUCUCAUUGCUGUCAGACCAAUUAAUUUCCUUUUGUGCACUGAGUAAGACUAACCAUUUUUCUCAAGAUAAUAGGGUGUUUUGGAUGGUUUAUUUUUAAACUUAUUUACAGUGUGUGAAAUUCAUAAUAAGUUCAUGUUACAAAUACUUAUUUUUCUUGUAAUGAUUUUUCUCUGUCUUUCAGUAUUUAUGUCAGGAUACAGUUGCAGAUACAAUACGACAAGUCAGAUGAUUAAUUCUAAUAAAAUAAUUUAAUAUUUAAAAAAAAAUUAAUAAGUCCCUGCAUUCAGAUCACUUUAAUUUGGACACAUACUGGGAAUUGCCAGGAAAUGUAAUUCUUGGAGUCCAUUCCUCUCUCACAAGUGUGAAAAAUACAACAGCUUUAAUUCUGUAUUUCAGUGGCCUCUGGCAGAUUGACAGCAUAGUCUCUUGUAUCUUGUUUUGCAUGUCAAAACCAGGAUAGCAAUAGGAAAAUUAGAGAUCACAUAGAAUCUGCAGCAGUGCUGUAAUUAUUCAAACAGCCACUUUCAUCCUAUAAAAAGAAAAGUACUUAAGGGAUGGGCUGGGAUGCUGUGGUAGACUUAUUCCUGCCUAUUCAUUUAAGUGGAUUGCAAUGAGUAUUCAUUAGCAUAUUUGUGUAUCCGAUACAGUACAUAUUCGGUGUAUUACAAGCAGCCUGAAAUAAUAUUAUUAAAAUUACUGUGCUUGAAAUGAAUUGCUUGCUCUAUCCACUUUAAGAAAAUCACUCUUUCAGAUUUAAAAAUCACGUAUUGUU